AUGUCUGUGAAAUGGCUCUCACUUCUGCUGCUACUACAGCUGACUUGCUACUUUAGCUCUGGAAGUUGUGGAAAGGUGCUGGCACGGCCAAUGAAAUACAGUCAUUGGAUGACUAUGAAGACAAUCCUGGAUGAACUUGUCAUGACGGGUCAUAAGGUGACUGUUCUGACAACUUCAGCUUCCAUUCUUAUUGAUCCCAACAAACCAUCUGCUAUUAAGUUUGAGACUUUACCUAUGUCUUUAACUAAAGAUAAUUUGAAGCAUAACAUCAAGCAUUUGGUAGAGAAAUGGACAUAUCUGGCAAAAAAUUCGUUGUGGACAUAUUUUUCAUAAUUGAGAAGUUUAUUUUGGGAACUUUCUGAUAUGCUUAUGAAUAUCUGUAAAGAUGUUUCGAACAAGAAGCUGAUGACAAAACUACAUGAAUCAAGGUUUGAUGCUGUUCUUGCAGAUGCUGUUGGACCCUGUGGUGAGCUGCUGGCUGAGGUACUUAAAGUACCUUUAGUAUACAGUCUCCGCUCCUCUCCUGGCUAUUCAGCUGAAAAGUAUAGUGGAAGACUUCCACUCCCACCAUCCUAUGUACCUGCUACGUUUUCAGAAUUAAGUGAUCACGUGACAUUCACGGAGAGGGUCAAAAAUAUGAUAUAUGCACUUUAUUUUGACUGGUUCCAGACAUUUAAUGAGAAUAAAUGGAAUCAGUUUUACAGCGAAGUACUAGAUAAACCGACUACAUUAUUAAAGACAAUGGGGAAAGCUGAAAUGUGGCUCAUUCGAACAUACUCGGAUUUUGAAUUUCCUCUCCCACUGCUACCAAAUUUUGAAUUUGUUGGAGGCCUCCACUGCAAACCAGCCAAACCCCUGCCUAAGGAAAGUGAUAGCGUUAGUAAGAAGGGAGGUUAA